AUGUAUGGAAAACCACAGCGCUUAACCGCUCUUAUGCCGUCUUCCCCAGGCUCUGCACUUGCACAAAUAGACCUGGUGUGGGAUGUGCUGAAGGUUGAGUGUGAUGUGAUACCCGGGACGUCAAAGGACGAUGUUUCAUCCAGGGGUGACACCUCGGCUGACAAAGAAGACGAAGGCGUGCUGCAACCCGGUCCAGGAGAUGACCUCGUUCAAAUGAACUUGAGCGAUAUUAACUACAAACUGCAUUCUUACAGAUAUUUAGAGAUCGCAUGCUCACACCUUGGCAGAAUAUUUGUGACUUACAAUGCUCUGAGGAACACCUGGCAUUGCGCUUGUGCAAAGCCACGAAUGUCAUGUCCUCAUAAAAAUAUAGCUAAAUGGCAUCUCUUCCAGACACAGAGAGACAUCUUCAAAUCAACUGUACCACUAUCAUCAGGCACCCCAUCACAGAUGACUCAGGAGAGUUCUUCCUUUGAGGACAAUGCUGCCGUCGAAAGGAGUAUACGCUAUAUUUUAAAAGAGAAAAAAAUUCCUGUAUCUCUUCCAGAAAAUGUCAUCUCACAGAAAAUGGAUCAUCAGAAACAGCUCUUUCCAUGUGAAACGUUGUGCCAGGUGUGCCCAGAGCACCCAAAACUUGAUGAGGCUGUUCUAAUUACCAAUAAAGCGAGGAUUGUCAGCAUGAUGGGAGUGAUUGAGAAUGUUUCAACACACCAUAGAUUGUGUCCUCAGUGCCACAUGGUCUACAGAUACCAGGAGUGGACAGAUGGGCUUCACAACUUUGACAACCACGUUGUUUUGUCUCUUGAACUCUGCCUUUUUCUGAGAGAAAAUCUGCAGGUGAGGAUCACAAAAAUAAAAUGUACUCAUCUGAAGAUUGCUUUAAAAAUGUGUUUGUGUCAUUAUGAUAUGUUGAACCAUGUAUCCGCUUCAAGGGUCAUUGACUCAUUGGAGAGCUUAAGAAGAGUGAAGUUUCCUUCUAGGGAGACCGUGUUUCAUGCUUAUUGCCAUUUUGAGGCUUUGACUGACACAGACUACAUGUACUCCUGCAUAAACUGUGGGUUUCACCCCCCUGUGUUAUGGACUUACACAGACUACAUGUACUCCUGCAUAAACUGUGGGUUUCACCCCCCUGUGUUAUGGACUUACACAGACUACAUGUACUCCUGCAUAAACUGUGGGUUUCACCCCCCUGUGGUAGUUAUGGACUUACACAGAAAAGGGGUGUUCAAGUUAGCAGUGAGUGACCUCAAAGCCCCGGAAGACUUCAAUGGUGAACAUGACAUUGAAGGUUUUUGGAACUCUGUUCACCUGGAAAUGAUAAGCCGUGGGUUUUUUCCAAGCGGCGCGAAGAAUCCAUUUUCAGUUCCACCAAGUUACACGUCCUGGGCACCAUGGAUCGGGAAUGAAACUCGAACAAGUGACAUUGUGCUUAACACAGAGUUUCAAAAAGUAGGAAUAAGCUCUUCACAUGAAGCAAAGCUUAGCAGUGUCACAGAAGACCGUCUGUUGGAUGAACUCGCAAAACAAAAGGUUGGAGUGGUAAGAAAAUUGUGUAAAGCAUGCAACAUCGACUCCAAAGGCUCCCGCUUUGAUCUCAUCACCAGACUGAGGGAGAAGAUGAAGAGCAGGCAGACAUAUGACAAGGUGUUUCAAAGCAUAUGGGGUGCCUCUGGAGGAUGGUCUGUAAUACUAUGUCCACAUGGCAUUGUAUACAGUGUUAAAUUUAAUCUUCGUGCUGAAAGUCCCCGGGAUUUUGCUGACCUUCUCCUGUCCUGGAAGCACAUGCCAAACGUCUGUGUUUACGAUUUUGCGAGGGGUUUGGCGGCACACACCAAUUUGCGGGUUCCUGAUAAACUGCCAUUUCACCCACAUGAAGGUCGACUGGCUGAGCCCACUGAGGAAAAUGUCAAGGCUGCACAGGAUGGAAGCCUGAAAGUGAAUCUUCCAUGGCUACAUGAAAGGAUGGAUAGUGUAAAUGAAGAUCCUCAUCCUGUCACUGGAUCAUCUGACCUUUAUGUCCUGUAUGACAGAUUUCAUGAGGGAAACACAAAAGAUCCCAAGGACAUAUUACGCAGAAUUCAACUUGUCCCAGAGCUGAAAGGCUGGCUGAACAGUCAAGUUGUUGAACAGUUCUUUGCAAACAUGAGGAAAAACAAUUACUUUUUAAGUAACAUGAGUCCAUCCACACACGUGUUUCUGAUGAGAAAUAUAACUCAUCAUUAUAACACUGUCACCAACAAGAAACUUCUGGAGAGGCAGCUAAGACAUGGUCGACUUGGAAAGCUCAAUAUCUCAUUGUCGGCACUGGGUCAAGCUGUCGUAGCCCCACAGGUGUGCAAUAAACCCAGAGAAACCACAGAAACGGUGUUGAACCCAGCACCUUCAAUGUCUGGUGACACUGAUCCUCAGGAAGGAGUUGACAACAAGAAAGCCAAUAGAAGGUCAACAGAUGCAACGUUUCCUGACCUGUGUGGACCACCGUGCGAAGCUCUGACAAAGCCUGAGAACAUUUUGGCCAGCCGUUCAUCAUGGUGUUUCGUACCGCACCCUGGCCAACAACAGCUUCUCAACUAUGUUCUGGACAUCAGCAGACCCAAAGAUGAGCUGAUUGUUGAAACAUCUUCUGGAUGCCUCACGCGGGCAGAUGUUUGGACACUGGGUUUAAACAAAGAAAUGGAAUCGACUAUCGCAAAUGGCUGUUUUGAGCUUAUCACUAAAAUUGUUCAGUCAAAGGGGAAAAGCAUUUACAUAGGAAAUCUGUACAGACUUGGCUUGCACCGUAUGGCUGUGAUCCAUUGCAGUCCUUUCCUGAAUCUUGCAGUGAAGCUCAUUCCCGGGCAGUGGUCAGAAAAAAAGAGCUUUGACUUGAAGGAGGAGCCAGCAGUUGUUGAAGAUCUGCGUCCUGCUGUGCAGUGGGUUGUCCAAAAUAAGGCACUUUUCCGUGGACUCGUAACGAUGCCAAAAUAUCUGUCCUUAAAUCAAGGGGACCAGCAGAGGGUCUUAAGAGACAUGUCAGAGGAAGAAGACACUGGAGCAAGGGACAUGUUCCUCUUUGUUUUUCAGCCCGGCGGCAGCGGGGGAGCCCCCGCCACGGCGGUGCCGCCCGCCCGAUGUGUAAUCUAUUCAGUCAAGUUUAACCUGAGAGCUGAGAGCCCAAGAGACUUUGCUGAUAUGCUUCUAUCCUGGAAGUUUUUUCCCAACAUCACAGUGCAUGACUAUGCCAGAGGACUAGUAAGCCACAUCAACAAGCGUUGCCCUGCUGAUAAACCCUUUGCCAUCCCUGAAGGCAGAUUGCUUGAUCACACAGCAGAAAACAUCAGACAAGCUGCAGAGAGAAAACUGGAAGUGAGCUUACCCUGGUUAAAGCACAAGAAAGACCCCGAAGACGAGGGAGGCCAUCCUGUAACUGGCUCCGCCGAGCGCUACUGUUUGAGUGACGUCUGCCACCAAGGCAACAGCAAAGAUGACCGUAAUAUCUUAAGAAGGAUUGAAAUUGUUCCUGAACUUGCAGGAAAAUUGAAUAGCCAGUGUGCAGAGCAGCUCUUUGCAGGAGUGAGAAAAAACAACUAUUUUCUAAACAUGCUCACCCCAUCUUCACAUAUAUUUCUGCAAAGAAACAUCCCGCACCACUACAAUGUCAGGAAGAACACAAGAGCAAAGGAAGCCAUUCAGAAGGUCAUCAGUCCUCAAGCAGCAUUGGUUUUAGACCUCUGUCCUCUGCAGUCCACCCAAGUGACUGACAAGGUGUGCAGCCUCCUCCUGCACAAUCUUCACAUUACAUGCCAUAUGAAGCAAGAGGGCACAUGUAUGCACAUACACCAUUCCUACACCCACUCCAAGCUAAUCAAGCAUUCCAAUCAUUUUCAAACAGCUCACCUUCUGCCAGAGGAACACAACAGAAUGCCACAAGCUACAUCAAUACACAAGAUGCAUCCAGUUCCAGCAUGUCAGCUGAGAGAACAGGCCUCACAGCAUUCUCAUACACCCAAGCCCUUUUCAGUGAUGAGUAAUAAAUGGUCCCAUCCUGCCUAA